AUGCCCGAAAGCUCCAGCCCGAUAUCGUGGCUUCUGAGCGCAGCUUACACCGGUACCGCGUUAUGUGCAGGUGCUUUGCUCCUUCUCUACGUGUACCAAGAGAAGCUUCUCUACUUUCCUACCAUCCCUGGCGCUGCCAAGUUCACGAAAGACAAUCCUCCAGGAUACCGACAUCCAGGAGAGUAUCACAUCGACUAUGAAGAUUUGAUGAUUCCGUGCAAGGAUGGCGUGAAAAUCAACGCGUGGCUGAUGAAGCAAAGAGAUCACUCGAGCCGUCCGACGCUCAUCUUUUUCCAUGGCAACGCCGGAAACAUUGGUCACCGCCUGCCAAAUGCUUUGCAGAUUUACCGGAAAGUGGGUGUGAACGUUCUGCUUGUGGACUACCGAGGAUUUGGUCACAGUGACGGGGACCCGUCCGAGAAAGGAAUCAAGAUUGAUGCAGAGGCUGUCGUAGACGCUCUGUAUGCGCGCACGGACAUUGACACGUCGAAGCUUGUGGUGUUUGGCCGGUCGCUAGGUGGAGCAGUGUCAGUCUACCUCGCCGAGAAAGAGCCUUCUAGAGUGGCUGCCGUUAUCCUGGAGAACACGUUUCUGAGCAUAUCUGCUAUGGUAGACGCACUGAUGCCGUUCCUGACGUACGUCAAAUUCCUCGUGCUGCGAAUGGAUUGGAAUAACGAGCUGGCUAUUCAAAAGGUGACACAGCCGAUCCUCUUUAUUGCAGGAAUGCAAGAUGAGCUCGUGCCUCACUCCCACAUGGAGAGACUGCACUCUCUCGCUACUUCGAGUGAGCGUAUCGUGUGGUACCCUGUAGCUCGCGGGACGCACAACGAUUCAUGGCUGCGUGGAGGCGACGAGUACUUUUCUCAGCUGCGGGAGUUUUUGGAUAAGCUGAGUGGCGACAGCGCAUGCUCGGAGGUUUGCGAAGACAAUGUCGAUUCUCCUCCGAUCGAAGAGAAUGCCAUUCCGACGAUGUUGCAGGAGCCACUCGUGAAUACGCUCUCGAAAAAGACGCAGUAG